CGUCAAAGUGUUGAAUAUAGAGAACAUAAUCAAAGUAUAUGAUUAAAGAGAAUACGUAUUAAAAAAAAGUAACAUUCGAAUAUUUUAAUGAUGAAUUUUUCAUAAAAUAUAAUAAAAACAAAACAAAACGUGGAAAGUAAUAACUUUUUAAAAUUAUAAAAUGACAUAAUACAUGAGAGAAAAAUAAAAGAAAAAGGACCCUAAAUUUGAUGCCAUACAAUCUUGAGGUCCCUCUGUCCCCACUCCCCACCGGUCUUGCUCUCGUGGGGAUUUCAUUUUGGUCACCGUGAACCAAGAAGAAAUUGAAACGAUAAACUAUAAUAAUAGUUAAAAAAAAAACGCAUAAUAAUAUAAUAAUAAAAAAGAGAUUCUGCACAUAUAUAUUUGUAAAAGAACCAAUAAAUAAGUUGAGCUCGUUAAGGAGCUUAACGAUUUUAAUUAAAAGUUUGGAAAAUGACCCGAAAUCCAUUGUUUAUCAAGCUUAGUGAGUUUUCACCUGCCGGAGUUGAGCUUGAGCUUGAACUCAAUGUUUUAUUAAACGAGCCAACCUCACGGAUAAUUCAUUUUGUUGGUCCAAACUCCAAAGAUUAAAAAAAUAAAAAAUAGAUAAAUAAAUGAAACUCAUAUGUCAUCUGUUUUCUCUCUCCAUAACCCCUCAGCGCCUCUCUCUAUACAUCAUCUACACACACUAUACAUAUCUUCUUGCAGACCCUGUAAAUUAUUCCAAGUAAAAAGAAGAAAAAGGCGGAGACAAGGGAAAAAAAUCGUUUCUUUUUCUUUUUUCCUCCAUUGAUAUAUCCGAGCUCACGAUCGCCUAGUGUAUUUGCUCAAUGAAUGCUAUUUAGAACUCACCUAUCAGAAAUUAGAAAGAAAAAAAAAAGAUCGAAAAGAAGGAGCUAAAAAUCAAGUGCCUCGCGGAGUUUCUUCCGAUCAUGGCAGUGGUGGAUAAUGCUGGAGCAAACGCGGUACAGCCGUCAAAAACGGACGCUAAGCCAAACGGCGUCGCCGCGGCGGAUCACGACCAGAAGCAGCCGACAGAAGCCGCCUCCGACACCCAAAAGUCAAUCGAGCCCAUCGCCGGUCAGAAUUUCCCGCUGGCGCAGCAGAAAAUCUCCAACGGCCGCCAUGGCCCGAUCGACGGCAGCGGAGUCCCGCCGGAGGGAAAAACGAACGGCGAGGAAGGGUUUAAGAGGGAGAUGAGGGAUUUGGAGGAGAUGCUCUCGAAGCUGAACCCCAUGGCCAAGGAGUUCGUGCCGCCGUCUCUUUCCUUCCUUGACGGCCGGCAGCCGAGGUUUCUGGUGGCUCCGCCCCAUGUCGUGGCGGCAGCGGCGGCGGGGCAUUUUGGGUUCACGGCGACUGGUUUUCUCUUGCAGCAGCCCAUGAGCCCUGGAGCUCAAAGCGGAAAUUCCUUUCAAAAGACGAAAAAUGGAUAUACUCACGGAAAACGGAGGUUGAAUACCCGAACGAGCAAGGCUCAAAGGGAGGACGUGAUCAGGAGGACUGUCUAUGUCUCUGACAUUGAUCAUCAGGUUACCGAAGAGCAACUCGCAGCACUUUUCAUUAACUGUGGACAGGUUGUUGACUGCCGUGUUUGUGGUGAUCCCAAUUCUGUGCUUCGUUUUGCCUUCAUUGAAUUCACUGAUGAGGAAGGGGCAAGGAAUGCUUUAAGCAUGAGUGGGACCGUGCUUGGAUACUAUCCAGUGCGAGUGCUGCCUUCCAAAACUGCAAUUGCUCCUGUUAACCCGACUUUCUUGCCAAGAUCUGAGGAUGAAAGGGAGAUGUGUGCAAGAACUAUUUAUUGCACAAACAUCGACAAAAAGGUCACUCUAGCAGAUGUUAAGAUCUUUUUCGAGUCUCUUUGCGGAGAGGUUCAUCGUUUGAGGUUGCUUGGCGAUUAUCGUCACUCAACGCGUAUAGCUUUUGUGGAGUUUGUAAUGGUAAAAUUAUUGAGUUUCAUCUUAGUCAUUCUGUUUGAUUACUGUUGACGGCUGAAAAUUUAUUAUCUUACAAACAAAUCAGAAUUCUUUUAUAUGCAUGUGUAAUCUGUAGUAAAUUAAUCAUCUGGUCUGGCUGCUUAAUUAUUUGCCUAUCCAAGACUUAGUGAGACAAUGGGUUGCAUGGAUAUAAAAUAUUUUGAUUUUGUUUGGAUUUUUUGGUUUGGUAUGGUUAAUUUAAAAAAAAAAUAGUAUGUUUAGUCGUUGGUGGAAUUUUGAGUUUAUAUUAAA